AUGGAUUUGCUGCGCCUCCUCCUCAUCCUGCUGGCCAUGUGCUGUCCUGCGUACGGCACAUGGGACAGCUGUGGAGGGACCUGCGGGCUCCGGCCCAUGGCUUUUCAGUACGGCAUGUCGCGCGUCGUGGGUGGCACAGAUGCCCAGGCAGGGGCCUGGCCCUGGAUCGUCAGCAUCCAGAAUCCCUGGCAAGCGGGCACGGGUCAUACCUGCGGAGGCUCCCUCAUCAGCGCACAGUGGGUCCUGACAGCAGCCCACUGCUUCAUCGAGGCCAGCUACAUCACCAUGUGGCGCGUGGUGAUCGGUGCCACGCGGCUGACUCAGCUGGGCCCUGAGGCCCAGGUGCGCAACAUCAAGCGGCUGCUCCUUCACCAAGGCUACAGUAACAUCACGCAGAGGAACGACAUUGCCUUGCUGGAGCUGGACCAGCCUGUGCAGUGCAACGCCUACGUUCAGCUUGCCUGCGUGCCCGAUGCCUCGCUGAGAGUCUCGCAGCUGAAAAACUGCUACAUCAGCGGCUGGGGUGCCACGACUGCAAGAUCUGGACGAUCAACGGAUGUGCUGCAGGAGGCCCAGGUCCGCCUCAUUGAUGUCAACGUCUGUAACAGCAGCCGGUGGUACAGAGGGGCCAUCCACACGCACAACGUCUGUGCUGGCUAUCCGCAGGGCGGCAUUGACACCUGCCAGGGGGACAGCGGUGGGCCUCUCGUGUGCCAAGACAGCAGUGCAGACUACUUCUGGCUUGUUGGUGUCACCAGCUGGGGGAGAGGCUGUGCCCGAGCCAGGCAGCCCGGAGUCUACACCUCCACUCAGCACUUCUACGACUGGAUCCUGCUACAGAUGGGCCUGCGCCCAGCACUGAGGGCUACUCCAACAGCACGCGCUUGGAGUCAUUUUGUCACCACCUCAAGCCCCGUUCCGAGGCCAAGGCCCACAGCAGUGCAGUCGGGCGGCUCCUGCCCAUUUCCAGUCCAGAAGCUGCUGGACUUCUUUAGCCGGCUGCAGGAGCUCCUGCAGUACCUAAGGGGAAAAACGGUGUGA